AUGACUUAUCAGCUUGCCGCCACAAACACAAGCGAACUACGGCAAAAUAAUUUAUUAGCUUUCUGCAAUAUUAAAUAUUUCAAUUGUAUAUAAUGUUAUCCAAUCCUACAGGAAGUAGCGUGCCAGACAAGGCGUGGCAGCCACCUUUCGUUACACUAGAAACAACCAUGGGCGAAAUAACCGUGGAACUGUACUGGAAACACGCACCAAACACAUGCUAUAACUUCGCGGAGCUGUCACGACGCGGGUAUUAUAACAAUGUCGUGUUUCAUCGCAUUAUUCGCGAUUUUAUGAUACAAGGUGGCGACCCAACGGGGACUGGACGCGGCGGCACCUCGGUUUAUGGCGGAGAAUUCGCGGACGAGCUGCACAGUGACCUUAAGCACACCGGUGCCGGCAUACUGUCAAUGGCGAACUCCGGCCCAGACACAAAUGGCUCACAGUUCUUUAUCACGUUGGCUCCCACACAGUGGCUGGACAACAAGCACACAAUUUUUGGACGUAUUUAUACAGGCAUGGAAGUGGUGAAACGUAUUGGUAUGGUAGAAACGGAUAAGAAUGAUCGACCCGUGGAUCCAGUUCGCAUUAUUAAAGCCAAAGUAGAGAAACUGUAACCAGAACUACCGCAUAUUUAAUAAAUUAAUUAAUUUUAAUAUCA